AUGAGAUCCAUGGCGGCACGACAAGCGAUUGGUUUCUUGUUGGCAGCACUUCUGCCCUCCUUGGCCACAGCCCAACCAAAGCAGCAGCAACAGGAACCGUCUCAGGGUACCACCGCUGGUGGUGGAGAUCCUUAUCUGAUUGAAGAGCAAGAGCAGUUGAUCUUGCAGCAACAACAACAAACCCAGAAUCAGCAGCAGCAAGCUCAGAACCAGCAAGAUACUUUUGAUCCUUGUAUCCCAUGCGAUGGCCCCAUAGAUCAAUCCUUGAGCUUUGAUGGUACCAGUUGCAAUGAAUGGCUGAGAUAUGCCGUUCAAGUUCCAGCCAACACUGAAGAAUGCGCAUUGGAGCGAGUUCUGGGGUGGAAGUUUUGUGGAUGUCCCGCUCCGGGUGUCACCAAGAAAUGUGACUUUUGCAACGACAAGGCAUCCAUUCAAAAGGAAAAGACACUUCCCUUUAGCAGCAUCACCUGUGAGGCGUUUGCCGAUAUCCCUGCCUUGGAUGGGGAUGCCACGUGCCAGUUGACUGAUGAUUUUGCGUCGUAUUGUGGUUGUUCCACAUCCAUCCCACAAUGCACACUCUGCGACGAUGGUGCACCACCUCAAAACUUGAAUGCGCCACUCUACUUGGGUAUGACUUGUUCGGAUAUUCAUGACUUAUACCUCGUUAGCUCUACAUUACGGUGUGGCGAGGUUGCGGCGGACUAUCCCUUUGAUCUGAAGGCAUAUUGUGGCUGCAACAAUGCUGUCAAACCCAAUCAUGGCUGUGGCUUUUGUCCCUACGGGGGCACUCUCAACGAGUAUACCAAACGUCUGGCAAGUGACGAAACCAGUACGUGUGGCGACUGGGCUACUUUGGCAGAAUAUGCCAAUGAAGGAGAAUCUUCCUGUGCCGUCUUUCAAUAUGUCGGAUUGGAAUGUUGUGAUGGAAUGCAAUUGCCAGAUUUCUUUACCAACUACUUUGAUGAAGAAGACGCAGCAGGCACAAGUGGCACCACUCCUGCCAGUGACCCCACUCGGGUGAAUAGUAGUACUUCACAGCAGGCCACCGGUGGGAAUGCAGCCCAGACGGGAACAACCGACGGAACCACACCAACCUUGAACUUGGCGGACGGUCCAGAUCUCGAAGGUACCACUGCCGUUGUCACUCGCAAUCCUGUGGCUCCCAAUGUUCCAUUUGUUCUGGACAUCAGUACUGCAGGCAACAUUAACGAAGCUGUUCGCAUGUGUUUCAAAGAGCACACGACCCCGUUGGUGGCGGUGAAUACAUUGCAACUAGGCGCUGAGUCGCCCGACAAUGCCAACGCAACUUCGUCUCUUCAGCAGGGGGAACUGGGAGAUUUGUUUCAACCUGCUCGAGUCUCUCGCAAUCCAAUGAACUUGUCAGAGACAGGAACGCAGCAAGCAAGCAACCCCACCAACAAGAACGUCGAGGACGCCAUCAAAGCAGGUGAGAAGGUGCAAAGUAAAUGGAAACAGCUCUAUCAAGAACUGGAUCAUGUAGCUCUGCCAGAAGCCUUUGGUGAGAAAAUUCCGGGAGAAUAUGCGACCAAUACGUUCUUGCCGGGUCUCUCUGGGUGUUUGGAGAGUGCCAUCAAUAAGUUUACGACUUGCUACCUUUGUGAAAAUGGGCAAAGACCGCUGCAAUCCGAAAAGAUGAUUUCCAUUGUUGGCUUGUACUGCGAUGAAUACGACGAGUGGAGAGCUGAAGCCACAGCGGAAGACUGCAAAUCAUUUGACACGAGCUGGCUUCCCUUUGACAUGGCCUCCUUCUGCGGAUGCCCCGGUGUUCCGGAUCUUGCCGUCUUCUCCGUUCCCGAGGGCGACACCGCCACGGCUAGUAGACAGGACAAGUGCUCCUUUUGCCCCGAAGGACAGGUUUUGAUUUUGGAGCCCUGGAAGCAUGACAUCAAAGACAAGGCCUUGUUGCAAGCAGGAGGAUAUGUAGUUGGUUCAACGUGCGCCGAAUGGUCCCAGAUGGCAGAUUAUGUCACGACGCCGGAAGCCUGUUCUUUCGUGCAGACCAUUGCCGUUUCAGGCUGCUGUGAGUUUAUUGGAGAAAGCAUUCUGGACAAGACAACGCCAAGUCCAACUCCCAACAACAAUGCACCAUCGGUCUUGUCUCCAACAACAGCGCCCACGACGCAACUAUCGGCGAACGAGACUGUCAGUCCAGUGGCCGCUCCUACUGCUUCCAACGGCGCCGUCAUGCAAUCGGCAUUUGCAAUAGCAGUGUCCAUUCUGUCGUUGGUCCUGUCGUAG